AUGUGCUCCCAUCUCACAAGACCCCCACAGUCCCUUGCAGUUCUCCAAAUGAUACUAUUUCUGGUAACGAAGCAUGACACCGUGGAUGAACUUAGCCGGGGUUCCAUAUUCACAAUCAACAUAAAUAUAGAUAAACCAACAAAAAGCAACCAAUCAUCCAGCAAACCAAGUCCCCAAAAGUUAGUAGACCCGGCGGUUAAGCACAAUCUAGUGGAUCAACAAUCUAAAAGUCAAAGAAAAGAAAAGAAAAAGAACACCUCCAUUACAGUUCUACCGUCCAGCGGCCCGGAACCGAUCCAGAUCUCCUCAUUCUAUCCAUCCAACCCUAGUAGUAGCAUGAACGAAAGAAAGUAG